UGCCAUAAAGUCAUACUUCCCACAUUAGUGGCACUUCAAUCUCAUGGAGUCAACUGUCUCAACCGAUGCCCUUUCUGCUGGAGACAUCGAGAAAGCAUUGAUCAUUUAUUCUUCAGAUGCCCCCUAGCCACCAGAUUGUGGACUUUAGUGGGAUUGAGCAACUUUAUUGAGACCGCCCAGACUGUUUACUUUAUUCUACGGUGGCGACAUGUCAUGGUCUCUGAGACCUCCCAAUUCCACAUUCUCCAAUGCGUCUGUUUACUUUGGAGAAUCUGGAAGUCUAGAAAUAAAGUGACCUUCAAAUUUAUCCAACCCCAUGUCUGUUCCCUAGCCAGACAGUUCUACAACCAGGUCCUCAAAUUCUCCAAUCUUCUUCCUCCUCCUCCGCCCCGUAGCUCUCUAAUCCCAAUUCAUCCUGCCACCACUUGGGUCCCUCCACCAGAAGACUUUUUGAAGAUCAACGUAGACGCAGCUGUUUGUGUCACCGGUUGUUCGUCUGGGCUUGUUAUCCAUGGGUCAGACAGGCAUGUGGUGUUGGCGCUCGGGCUCCAACAUCAAGGAAUAAUCUAUCCUUAUCUGGCAGAGCUUCUAGCUUUUAGAUACGUCAUCUCCAUCGUAGCUUCAAGAUCCUUGACCCACAUGAUAGUCGAAGGCGAUUCCGAAGUGGUGGUCUACCAAGUCCGUCAAGGCGUCUUUGAAGUCUCAAUUGGUGGUCUGGUGUUACGAGAGUGUCUUCAGAUCCUUAGCUCUUUGUCUGUUUGUAUAGAGUUUAGGGCGGUGCAUAGAUCCGUCAAUAGUGUUGCCCAUAGAGUGGCGCGUAAAGCACUGCUUUGGUCUCGUGUAGAGCUAGAAUCUUUUGAUUUUUUGGGGUGGCUUCUUUAGAAUCUGUUAGGGGUCCUGGGUAGAAUUGUAAGUUUAACUAUUUUCUUCCAUUGAUAUCACUCAGAAAUAAAAUAAAAAAACACUAAACCACUAGAUUAUGGCCCGACCUCUUGGCCGGGAGAGUUUGAUUCUCAUGUUGUCAUGUAUAAGUGUAGGUAUAUAUUUUUGUUAUGGUUCAUGUUGUUGGGGUUUGAAGUAACUAUUUAGUUUGGUAAGUUCUCCAUUAAUGAUAUAGUAAAGUAUUUGAUGUAUUUGACUAACGAAGUUUUAAAAUUGACGAACAAUGUCCAACUACACUAACAUAAAUACAUAUUUUCAAACGAAGUCAUAUUGAUAUAAAAACGUCAAAGAAGAACAAUGGUAAGAGUUGUUUUACAUCAUACAUGCAUAAUCAAUCUUCAGUAUACGAUAAAAUGUUUCGAUUUUUCCAUUGACUUUAGUGUAUUCAAUGAUAUAAUGGAACAAAGUAUAUGCUUAGAGUGUCCUUAAUAAGAAAGAAACUAAAUCACGCACUCAUAUUUCGAGUGGCAUAUCAUAUAGAAGUCAUUGUGACAUUAAUGUAGUCGAAGCAUGCAGAUCUCCAACUGGCAAGUUCAACUAAUAGAGCAACACAUAAAAAACUAAAUCAAACUGAAAAGAAUGCGAAAACUAAAAGCAACAUACCUAAUAUUUUGGGAAAAUUUGACAACAAUAAAAGUCAUUAUAGCUCGUACUCAAGUUAGAAAGACUUUGAUUUAACAAUAGGUAAACAAUGAUAUAUAGUGCUUAAGCCUUAAGAGGGAAGAUGACACCUUACAUUCUUUUAUCAAUAUGCAUCUUAGUUUCAUGUUUCUCAAAAAAAUGCAUCUUAGUUUCAUAAACUUCAGAACAAAAAAGUACUAAUUCAAUAAUCAAUAUAAGAAUCAAUAUGGACACAAUAUCUAAUCAAGAGAAGAGGAAGUGAAAAAAACACAAAUUGUUGUGUAUAGAUUCUCCUCAUGAUAUUUCAUAGUGAAAAAUAUCAUAAAAAUUAUUAACUGAUAAAAGGGAACGAUAAAGAGGAAAAUGCAUCAAUUUGAACCUAAAAUGAGAGGAACUAAUAUCCUACACCAUCAUACAAUAAUGAUAUAUUAUAUCCCAAAAAAUCAUUAAAAAAAUCUAUCUAAACGAAAAAGUAUACUAAAUUGAAUCCAAUGUAAAAGCAACGAUGAAGAUAUAUAUUAUAUCUACCUAAGGAAUAAUAAAGUAAGCCAUGUUUCUUAGAGACCUCUUUGGAUAGACCCACUAUAUGAUAAAAAACCAUUUCGUCAAACAAUUGUAUCAUAUGAGUUUUACUUAAAAAUUUAAGUGCUUAUAAUUAGCUAUUUCAGCUCAUAAAUGAAUUAAUUAUACCAUUUGGUAUAAAAAAAUUAUAAACUUGAGAGUUAUUUUGCUUGUUUGUAAAUCAUUUGAACUGAAGUAUGAAAGUGCUUUAGAAUUGUUACUUCAUUCAUCAUUAUUACUAUUUUUAUUACAAUGUCUAAGCGUGUCUAGGCGAGCUAGGAGAUAGACAAAUGUCCAAUGACCACCUUACGAUUAACGUGUUGUUGAACCUCAAUAAUUAUAGCAAACUUUGAGAGCAUCUUAUAAAUUUGAUCACUUCUAUUUAAUAUAAUUGAUUACAUCCUAAAACUGAUCAAUCAAGGAGUCUUUCGAUACGAUUUUGGUAAGAUGUCCCCUACUGCACAAUUAGUAUGACUAAAUUGUAAUAAGAUAAUCAUGUAUUGAAUUUUAAUUGAUAGCGCAAAAGAUCGUACUAACUCAAGUAGAGUUUUAGCUACUCAGUAUUUCAUAUUCAUAUGUAGAUAGCUACUUCAAAGAGUUUGAAUAUCGAUUGAGUUUGUUGAACUUUACCUAACAAAACUAUGAUAUCAAUUGCAAGAUAUGAUGCUUUUUCGAGAAAUUGUGAGAAUAUGUUGGAGACAUCAAACCUACCAUGGAUACCGUUGAAUUUAAGUAAUAAGCAACAUUGUAUGAAUCUAUCUAAUUAGAUAAGAAAUAGGACAAACUCAAUCAGUUUAAGGGAGAUGUGCCUCCGAGUAGUUUUUCGAUCACCCUUGCAGGAAGAUUUACGCUCUGAUACAUGUUGCACCUGACCAACAACAUCUGGAAAUCCAAGGAUUCAAUAGUUCAGUACAUACUCAACUGAAAUAGGCCAAGAUAGCCAGAGUUGUUCAAUCUAAUCGGGAGACUAUCCUAAGAACUUCUAGAAGUUAAGGAUGCAUACUAUGGACUGCAGCCUUUAUUAAAACUACAUUGAAUGAUCAAAGUAAGGGUACAGUUCUGGACUCUCUCGAUUCAAUGGAUUGUACCCUCUAUAGCUAACCAAUGUGGUCCUUAUUUAGAUGCCCCUAUGGAUUGGCAAGAAAUACAUGGCUACUUAUCAAAGUGUAUCAAACUACAAACAAAAAGUAUCUCAAGAGGGCUAUUUUUGUGUUUUCAACUGAGAUCUCUUGAAAUAAGAAUUAAGUGCCAUAAUUGGUGAUAAAACCAGGGAAAAAGAGUAUGGGAGAGUAGAACUUCCACCGUAUGAAAUUGAUCAUGGUGGCAAAGCAGAGCAGAGCCAAAUGGACAAAUGAAUUCAUAUAGUUCUGUGAUUGCAAUAUUUUUAUCCAGAAAUCCACUAUUGGCAGAAGAGAAUUGCAAAUUGAAAAGGUCUAGAUCAAGCGUAUCAAUUUUACUUCUAAUUAAGCAAGUUCCACUUCAGCUACGGAUUGAAACCGAAACAUCAAUCGAGCAAUCUUCACAAUUACUCACGACUUCUGAGAUUCUCAGGCUGUCGAAAAAAUCAAAAUGCCAAAGAGAACGAAAGUGACACACACCUGCACGAGUACCGGAAGCAGCAGCUCUAUUGAGCCCUUUCUUCUUGUUUGAUGUUUAUGUUUUACCCCAUGCAUCUUCAUUAUAUUUGCCUAUUUUGCUUAGUUUGUUUGGAGUAGUUUGUCUUACUAAACAGUUGUUGGUUCUGCCUAGCUUCUUUGUUUCUUUAUUAAGGUGUCUGAGCUAUUGAGGCAACAUUCAUCUUUUGCCUCAUCUCUAAAUUGACGUGAAAUCAGGUAAUCAAGGACACUAAUCCAAGAUCUUGAUACUUACUAUCUCAAGGGAACUUGACACUUCCUCUCUGAUUUAUACUUUUGUGUCUACGUUCAAUCAAAAAUAUGUUGCUUGCAGUCCAAUAAGCAAUUUUAUUCUUUAGGCAAUCAUUUUCUCAUCUUCUAAUCUUUAGGAAAUCACUAUAGACAUCAAACCAACUUCACCUACAUUGACCAGAGAAGCGUCGUCUGUUCGUUGCAGUAGCUUGUGAGGAGGAAGCAGCAGGGGUGUUACAACGACGAACCAUCAUAUUUAUAUGGCAGAACAGAGUUAAGGAAAACAUCUAAUAUGUCACCAGUGCUGGGCAACACUCACUCCCCUAGGUGAGGUAAUAGAAAGCCUUUGAGAUAAAAAAAAAAAGGGGGAUUAGACGUUGGAAGGCCCUCACUUACCUGUAAGGGGUUCAACAACAAAGAGCAAUAACUGUAGUUGGAACAUCAAUUGGGAAGCAGGGAAGAAGAUGGAUUUGGGAAUUGGAGGAAAAACCAUUCACUAUAAGAGAAAAGUGUGGGCAAUUGAGGGAACCUGUUGUGGCAAGGCUGGCAGGCGUUGGACGGUGAAAUUGUGACCUAUGCAGCAGAAGUGAAGUAUUGCAGAGGUGAGCCCUUAGUCUUCAAUUACGGAAGGUCGGCAGCGGAACCACAAUGCGGGUCAAAUAGCCAAGGUCUAAUGGGGGACAGGAAACCGAAGCCAAGGCUGCGAUAGGGACAUUGAUCGGCGAGGGAGGGCGCUAUUUCGAGCACGGAUGAUGAAAGGAAUUGAAGGGACGACGGAGUUCGGGGUGUCGUGGCGGAGGCAGGGCAGGGGCCGGGGUCGCUGGUGGGGGAAGUCGUGUGAAUUGAAUCUAUACUAUAUAUUAUGGCAAUUCAAAAGUAACUUCUUGCCACAUAAGCAAUUGGAGAAAUAACAAUCUGCUUAGGUGGAUAUUUUUUUUACUAACAAAAAAAAUAUUAUUGAUCUAUUUAUGAAGCUAUCUCUCUCUCUUCUUUUAGUAUUUAUGCUCACUUUUACUCAACAUUAAUAAUAAGUUACAUUGAGAAUGUAAAUAAAAACAAGCAUAAAUAAUAAUAUAUGUUGACAAUAAAACAAAAUAUAAAGAUGGAAACAAGGAAUGACAUAUAUCGGGUUUGUUUAUACAAAAAAUAUAUGAUUAAAUAUUAUCAAGAAAAUUAUCUAAUCAUUUUAACCAAAAUUUAAUAUUUAGUUACAUUUUGUUGAAAAUUUUAAACAAGGACACAUAAAUAAUAAUAUCUUUGUCUUUUAAAUAAAAUAUAACAACACAAAGAGACAAAUCAAGCGUUUGACAAUCAAUCGACUUUGAAAAAUGAAACAUUUGAAUUUAAAUAUUAAACCUUCUCUUCUUUUAUAAUAUAUAUGUCUACCGGUUAAAAUAAUUAUUAUAUAAAUAAUUAUUUCAUAUAAUAAAAUGAUUGACAGAAUAUAACUUGAUCGAGUAAUAAUAGUUAUUUCUUAAAAGCAUUUCUAUUCAUCCCGAUUAAGUGAAAACAUAUAUUCAUGUUCUAUCUGAAAUUUCUCAAUGAAGAGUAUCACACGUGCAAUAUUUUAUAAUUUGGGUUAAGUUCACAUUUGAUUUAGAUGAUUUUGGUUGAGCAAGCUCAAUUGAGGUCAUAAAUAGUAUGCUAAUAAAAUUUCUUUUCAGAUUUAGAGUUAUUGUCGAGUGUUAUACAUCAAAAAUUUCAAAAUGACUUAAGUAUGAGUUUUGACGAACUUUGACUUCAUACCUUAAGACGAGACACAAUAUACCUUAAAAAAUGACACAUGUGAAUGUUAAAGGAAUCUUUGUUGAGAAUAUACGAUAAACAUCAAGUUUCAUCAAUCACUGACCUAUGCAUUGAUCAAAUAAGGAUUGACAAUUUUCAUUUAAUAGUUGAAUGUCUUUUAGACAAAUUAAAAUUUGAAGAUUAAGACGAUAAAUAAAUAUUUGUGUGUUAGUUGAGAUAUCUAAACAAAAAACUUUUAUAGUUACAAGCAUCUACAUCAAGGUAUUUGGUUAAAAUGAAGAAUCUCUAAUAAGGAUGAGUUUAAUAA